ACGAAAAGAAAGGAAACUAGGGAAAAUGGCAGAGAACGUUCCCCCAGCCUCGGCAUCGGCCCCCAAUGCCCAAAAUACAAACACAAACACCGCAACAACGACCACCGGCCCUACAGACCCCAACGCAUCGAACCGCGGACUCCCAUACUACGAAAAACUCCGACGAGAGCUCCGGGACACACUGCAAAAGAAAAGACUAAUGGACAAAAGCAUGGCCCAACUAGAAGAUCAAAUCUACCGCUUCGAACAAUCCUACCUCGAAGAAACAACAGCCGGGAACAUCAUCAAGGGCUUCGAUAACUACAUCAAGGGGUCAACGGGGACUUCGGCAUUCGGCGGCGGUGCGGGGAGCGCAGGGUCGCUUUCGUUGGCGGGCGGAUCGGCCAGUGCGAGGCGGAAGGCGCAGGUUGUUGAGACGGAUAGGGUGUUUUCGAGGAGUUCGGCUAGUUUUAUGCGUGACUCUCCCACCCCUUCUUCGUCACAGACUCCUUCCCUCGCCCCGACGCCGUCGUCAACAUAUGGCGGUAAUGGCAACCAUAGCGUGAAGAAUACAUCAUCGAAGAACAAUAAGAAGAAAUCAGGAGGUGGGAAUAACAACAAGAAUGAUAAUGAUGGGGAUGAAAGUGAUAAGCCGCCUGUUAAGAGGUUGAAGAUCACAUAUGGGAGGGAUUGAGUGGUUUAUCACGCAUAUGUCUCCUAUCCAUCCAUUCUCAUUCUUCAGUCGGUAUGGAUACUGUUGGUGUUCCUCAUAUGAUACCCGGUUUUGGUAUGCUGUUUGAUACGGCGUUUAUUAUUAUUCACGUCAUUUGGGUUGGGAUGUUUUCAUGGUGAAAGUUGUAUGGUAUACAUAACAUGGAAUAUUGUGGAGUAUUAUUAUAUUCCACAGGCUGACAUGUAUAUGGAUAUGUACUAUGUAUGCACUAUGCGUUAUGCAGACAGGCGCAAGGAGUCUUCACAACAUUUA